AUGCGUUCUUUCAUUCUCUCGUCUGCCCUGGCGGCAGGCAUGGCCCAGGCCUAUACUGUCACUACUUCUGACCUGUUCAUGUACAAGAAUAUUGAUCCUCUUGUGGUUCCCGGAGAGUACAAGUCGCACAUGCACAGCUUCUUCGGUUCCGAUGCUGUCACUGUGAACACCACCACCUCGGCUGAGCUUCAGCAGGGAUGCUCCUCGACCGCGAACCCCAAUGACUUCUCCACCUACUGGGUUCCUACUCUCUACCUUGUCAAGGACGGCACCCGCACUCCUGUCACCGUGAACCGAUUCAGCGCCUACUACAUUGACCUGGACAAGGCCGAAAUCCCUAUCCCCCAGGACUACACCGACCUUGCUGGUAAUGCUGGCGCUCAGUCUCAGGACGACGUCGACGCCAACGCCGGCAUCCAAUGGUUCUGCGAAGGUGACGAGGCCGAGGACAAGGACGAGGCCGCGUUCCCUACCCAGACCUGCUCUACCCACUUGCAGACUCUGCUCCUUUUCCGGGACUGCGUUAACCCCGAUACUCUCGAGUCCGCGUACUCCGGCAACCCUCGCGUGAACGAGGGAUACCAGGACAGCAACUGGUGCCCCCAGGGCAUGUCUCGCAUCCCUCGCUUGCGAUUCUCCAUUCGCUACGACCUCCGCUCCCUGCUCCCCGACGGCUGGUCUGGUGAGGCCCCCUUCGAGCUUGCCUGUGGCUCGUCGUACUGCUCGCACGGCGACUUCAUCAACGGAUGGGUACCCGAGGCUGCCCAGAACAUGGUUGGCGCUGAAUCGAACCGCAACUUUGUCGCCAUCAACGGCCCCAAGGGAAAUGCCGAUGCCGGUUCCGUUUGCGGUGCCGAGAACGCCCAGGAUGCCGACCCUGACCACGGAACCAGCGACUACGACAAGAGCCGUGAGAUGAUGGGCAUGACCCGCAAGCGUAGCCACAAGCCUCGCUUUGGACGUACCCAUUUCUAA